AUGGUGCAAGGAGUGCAGAGGUCCCCCUCCACUGAUGAGCUUGCUUCAGAGCCAGAGUCACAAGAACAAAACCACCAAGAGCUUUUCAACACACCUGAUUCUGGACCACCAGGACUUCUCCAUGUCCAGGGGGAAGAAAAUCCCCGUCUCACAUCCUUUGAAGACCCAGAUGAUGCACACUUGUACCUUUCUCAAGAAGAGGAGCUAAGAGUACCAGAUGUGAGGUACAGGUUUAGAGAUGAGCAGCCACAUGGACUCUACAACAACUUUCUGCCACCUCCACCUGAAGCUACAGAAUCUGAUGUGGCCUCAAGACCUACGGAUACACACAGACCUGGGCCAACUCCUCACAACACAAGUCUCAAACAGGCUGUAGGGAGGUCAGAAGGCAGGGUGCUUGAGAGGUCUCUCUCAGCUUUGACUUUUCAGAGAGGUCGAAGUACUACCUUGAGUUCCAGAGGCAGACCUAAAAAAAAGAACCAGUCUGCAGACCGGGCAUACACUGCCCGAUGUUACAGCUGUCCUCCUGUAUGUUUUGUGCAGCCUUACAAGGAUCAGGAGGAAGGACCUGCAUCCAGCAACUCUUUGAGCAGUGACUGCAAUCCACAUGUACAGGGAGAUAACAGACAAGUGGCAGGGACCUGCCAGCAAAAUAACUGUCAAGGGUUGACAGGGUUCAGGGAAAAGUACAAGAAUUCCCUAUGCUGCACUGAAAAGAGGGGAGGUGUCAGUGGAGGGCCUCCCAGAGGACUUCAACCUCAAGAAGCCAGGGGAGAUGGGGCGGGAAAAACUACAGGUCAUCCUGGACCGGAGGGAGGAGAUUAGUGUGAAACAGCAAGUUUCCAGUCCAGUCAAUGCAGAUGUGGAUGAUUCAACUGCUCAAUCUGCUGAAGGACUAUCCUCAACAGCUGAGGAGCUGCUGACUGGGGUGAUGACUGGUCUGGGGGAGGCCUCACAGACCGGAGGAGAAGAGGUCAUCUUAUCCAGCCAGGCUCCAGAUGCAGACAGAAAUCAUACCAUGGAAUCAUCAAGGUGUCUGCAAAGGAAAUGAAGCUGGCAGAUGACUAUGCCCUACAACGUGAAGAAGGCUCAGAGGGAGCAUUCGAACGCCUAUGCAACUACAUUGUCAACAACAAAGAAAGGAUGGCUCCUAUUGUGAAGUAUCUAAAUAGCAUUGGGGUCCAGGUCUAUGACAUAAAGCGUGGUUGCAUUGAACUGUGGGUAGGGUGCUUCAACCAUGAAUCUGCAGAUCAUUUGCAGGAAGAGGAAGGCAUUGAGAGUCUGAAGACCAGGUUGCAGAGUCACGUGUUUCAUCCAGAUUUGAUGAAACAGUUUGGACUGGAAUCUCCUGAACUGAAAAUCACCUUCAAAUUUUCUCCAGGUAAAGAAACAUUUUAUUAUUAUUCUUGUUUGGAUAUAUUGCCUGAU